CGCUUGUUUUUGUUUACAACCUCGCGCGCCAUAGAUGUUUUCGUGACCGUCAACUUAUUUCCUAAAGAUUAUUCCAAAAUCCCUUGAUCAAAAAUGCCAAUCCAGUGCUCCUUUCACGCGUGCACCAACGAAUCCGAAACGGCCACCUCGGUCUCCUUCCACAAGUUCCCGGACGAGCCCGAAUGCUGCGAAAAGUGGGUCGACUUUUGCGGCUCCGACGAGCUGAACGAGCGCUUCGUGCUGGAGGGCGUCCAGGCGCUACGCUUCCGGUUCGUCUGCUCGGACCACUUCCGGCCGGCGUGCUACAUCAAUCCCAAGUAUACGUUUAAAGGUUUGAGAAAGUUUGCCGUUCCAACCGUUGAAGAUAAGAACGUUAAACCCAAGGUGCAGAACGAACGAAAAAAGUCCAAAUAUAACGAUUACCGAAAGAACUCGAAACCGGCGAUGAAAACGUACGGCGGGGCCAAAUCCAUAAAGGAAAAGGCGUUGGAAAGGUUGACGUCAAAACAAAUCGCCGCGGAACCGGUUAGCGUGGAAAUGAUGCAGUCCUGCCGGUGUGAACUCGACGACGAGUUUCGGAACAAGUUCCUCGAAGAGCUGACCCGGGGAGAGGCGCUCGUGCGCGAGUUGAACGAGAUUAAGGGUAAAACCAAGGCGCUGAAGAAGCCGCUCGCGGGUUGCGAACGGAGCAUUCAGGUAGUUGACAAUAGGAUUAAGGGAUUGUGUCGGCGGUUGGCCGCGCUAGAAGAGAAGCACGACAUCCAGGUUGAGAUCAGUUCGGACGAGGAGGUUUGCCUUUCCUCCGCCAAACAAGAAGAUUGAAUGAAAUAUGUAGUUAAGUUUGAAUUUAAA